AUGGCGAGCACGGGAGGGAAGAAGAAUGGAGCGGGGCAGUAUUUUCUGGCGACGCUGCUGCUUUGGCUGGUCUCCGUCGUGUUUGAGAUCGUUUUCAAUUCCCGGACUGAGCUUCUCUGGGUGAUUUGCGGCGGGUGCUUCUUCCAAUUGGUGAAUUGGGUGGUUCGUUCGUGGCAGUCUCGUGACCCUAUCUUCGUUAACACUUCCGUCUCGCUUUUGCACUCCAUCAUCACCUCCGCUUCAGUGGUUUUCAUUCUGCUGAAUCAAUACUUAGCGAGCAAAGGUUUAGAGGAGAUGUUCGAUCAUUCAGAAUUGGUUGGUGGUACAUGGAAAUGGGCAUACCAAGCUUUGUGUUUCUCUUGCGGCUACUUUGCGUAUGACCAGUGGGAUAUGCUUCAGUACCGGUUAUACAGCGGCUUAAUACCUUCCAUCCUCGUUCACCAUCUCGUCCUCCUCGUCUGCUUCACUUUGGCUCUGUACCGAAACGUAACCAUCAACUACCUCAUUCUCACUCUCAUCUGCGAGAUGCAUUCGAUCUUUCUGCACGUGAGGAAGCUAAGGAGAAUGGCGGGAAUCCGAGACAGCAAUACGGCGUUGGUGAAACUGGAAUGGGUAUUGAACUGGACAGCCUUUGUGUUUGCGAGGUGCAUUCCUCACAUUCUCAUCACCGUCAAGCUGGUCAGAGACGCACACAAGUUUGGGAACGGCAUCGAGUUACCUCUGGCUUUGUUUGGUAUGGCGGGGAUGAACAUCCUCAAUGUCGGUCUCGGAUUGGAUAUGUUCCAUGCUUUCAGAAGAGAGAAGAGCAACAGAAGGAAUCAAGAGAACAUCAACCAUGAAGAAUGA